CUUCGCACUCGACAUUUCGCUAAUCUUCAUGCAAAAUCAAAAGAAACAACGGAAGAUGGUGGCAGGCAUGACGGCCGACAAUGCCUCAGCGAAUGGACUCCUGCCGAGGGAAUGCAUGCAUAUUGUCGCGUCAUACUUGGACCACUCGGCGUUGCAUAGGAUGGAACUGACAUGUCGAUCGUUCUACGAAUGCGCCAUCGACGGAGGUUCGGAGGCCAGUUGACAUCAAAUGUAUCUGACCCUUGUGAUAUCGACAGCAUAUUGGAGAAAGAGUGCGUUGCGCGACGCUGUGGUGCUUCCUAGCAAGAACGAAUUGGGCUGGAAGGCUCUGGCCUGUGCGUGUGCAAGGAUCGACGCGCGAGAGUCCGUCGGACUCCUGCACGCUGUCGUUGCGGUGUCUUCUGUCGACCGGCCUGAUGCCGAAAGCCCCGAGAACACUCUGCGCAUAUCGCGAUGUUUCCGGCGUAUGCGGGUGCUCAAUGACGGCGUGCCGCGCCAAGCGCUGCUCAACUAUACCCUGCAAACGCUGAUCUGCGGAUGUUCCCGAGGUGAAUGCUACUGGAGCAGUGGUCCAUCCUCGUCUCAGAUGCAAGAUGAUUACAUUGACUACGCGGUACUCGAUCAAUGCAUCGUUCGCGCGAUGGAACAGGUGCCGUACAAGGCCUUCUGGCAGAUGGGUGAGCCCGGGUAUGCGCCACUCAAGGUGUCCAUUGCACUGCUCGCAAAGUCCGAGACAAGUGAAGAGCGAUGUAUCGUCUACUCGUCUCCACCAUUUGACGUUGCGAAUCGAAUGGAGGUCUGUACCUACAAGCGAGGUAGGCCAUAUCGCCGGUUGACCUCAUCUCGUCGCCGCUUCUGGCGUUCACUUGCUUUGUCAUGGACACUCGGCGCUCUUCACGCGCACGAAUAUUUCAUUAUAUGCCAGACCAAAUCAAAUUUAAUUCAUGUCGUGGGUAUAUAUAUUUAUUUACUAGUUAUAUAAAAGCUUACCUGGACGUGGUAUAUAUGUGGAAAUUCGCCUGGUUUGUCUAAUCAAUAUUGAAUCACGCCGGAGUUCUGAUUGGUUGAAUAUAC